ACGCAUUAUUAUCUGUGAAUUGUGAUUAUUGCAAAUAGCAUAGUGCUACGAUUAUUGCUAAAUCAAUUUCGUUAAUUUUUGUAUACCUUAUUCGGGCUGUGAAUACUUUUUCAAUAAAGCAUUAUACAGAAAUCUCAACACACCAUAUUUAUAAAUGAGUCUUUUACAAGGUAACAAUGACUCAAAAACGGCAGUGUAAUACGUAAAAUGUCGGCAGAGAAAACGGAGAAAACCAUAGCAAUACAAUUCGAUCCUAUUCUGCCAGAUACUGGAGUUUUAUUUUACGAAGAAUGUCCUGCAGAAUAUGAAAUUCCUCGUCCUAUAUUAUUGCCGUUGAAAAGCAGCACACAAACACAUUUUGAAGAGCUUCAAACGGAGGCAGUUCGAGCGUGGAAAGAAAAACAAAAAUCUUCUGAUAAGAAUUGAAAAUAUUAUUUCUUUGUUGUUUUGAUUGACAAAGAUAAGCCUCAAGAUGUACUAUUCACUAUUCAUUGUAGAAAUUAUAUCUGCAUUUAUAUUAGCAGGAACAUUAUUAUACCGAUAUGGAGAUUGCUAUAGAAAUCAUAUUAUUGUGACAGUAUCUGUGCUGACGGCGUGGUACUUUUCAUUUUUAAUUAUGUUUAUAUUGCCAUUGGAUAUCUCUUGGACUGUAUAUCGACAACAUCAAUGCUUAAAUGCAUCUACACCAGUAGUUGUACCUGCUCAGGUUAACGUCACAAGUACACCGGCACCUGUCAAUGUAUGCCCCAUAUCAUGGCCUGAUAAUGUAUUUCCCAGCCUUUGGAGAGUGGUGUACUGGACGUCACAAUGUUUGACAUGGUUAAUUAUGCCGAUGAUGCAGUCAUACAGUAAAGCUGGUGAUUUCACAGUUAAAGGGAAGUUAAAAUCGGCACUCGUUGACAAUGCCAUAUAUUAUGGGUCCUACUUAUUCAUAUGUGGAGUUCUUCUCAUCUACCUAGCUUUCACAUCUGGAGUACAACUAGAUGGACCUAAAAUAAAAGCAAUUGCGUCAUCAGCGAGUAACACUUGGGGUCUGUUUCUGUUGAUCUUGCUUCUUGGAUAUGCACUUGUUGAAGUACCAAGAAAUUUAUGGAACAACUCAAAAAAGAAUUAUACAUUGUCGUAUUGUUAUUUCAAGAUAGCCAAACUGAGUACUGAUAAGUGUGAAGCUGAGGAGACAAUUGAUGAUAUAUUGGAGAGUUUAAACACAAUCACAGCGGCAGUGGGGCCAGGUCAUCCGUUGCAGCGUCAUGUGGAAACAAUUGUUCAGAAGUUGCCAGUACAACUUCGAGACAAACUCAACUCCAGAGCCCCACCUGACAGAGCCCCUCCGCCGUCACUAAAGAGCUUAAUUAAUUUACACAAAAAGACAAUCAAAGCGCUCCACGUGUUACAACGCACGGAAACCCAAUACGGCCUCAUGCUAGAGAAGAUCUACCAUCUAGAGGAUGUUGCAACAAACAGCCGGUCGCCGGACCAUCGGUUUCAGCACACGUUCCAUAUGCCCAGGCCUCGGUUGCAGAGAAUAUUCUAUCCGCCUAUAGUAGAAUGGUACUGGGAAUGUUUCCUCAAGCAAUACUUCCUCAAAACAAUGGCGGUGAUCACAUGCAUCCUGUCGGUGAUGGUGGUGUGGUCGGAGCUGACUUUCUUCAACAAGUCCCCGGUGCUGUCCCUGUUCGCCAUCUUUGUUAACGCCGCCGGGGAUAAUUUCAAUUAUGUCGCUAUUGUGACAAUAUCGACGCUCAUCAUCGGGUACAUAUUCUACUGCGCGUACUCAACCGUACUCAAGAUACGCGUACUCAACCUGUACUACCUGGCACCGCACCACCAGACCAACGAGUACAGUCUCAUCUUCUCCGGCAUGAUGGCGUGUAGGCUCACGCCCGCUAUGUGCUUGAACUUCCUGAGCUUGACACACCUGGACUCGCACAUCAUCACCUCGAGGAUUAUGGAGACUUAUUACACGCAGAUAAUGGGCCAUAUGGACGUGCUGCGGAUCAUAGCGGAAGGUUUCAACAUAUACUUCCCCAUGUUGGUGAUAUUCCUCUGCCUCGCGACGUACUUCUCGCUGGGCAGCCGCCUGCUGUCCAUGUGCGGCUUCCAGCAGUUCGUCGGUGACGAUGAGCUGACUACCGACCUGGUGGAUGAGGGGCGGGAGAUCGUUAAACGGGAGAAGCGCCGUCGGCAGCGCGUGGAGGAGUCGAUGUCGCGGCGGCGCGACUACAGCGAGCGGUUCGCGCAGUACCGCACCGCUAGGGAUAAUGACGGAGACAGACAAACAGUCCACAGCUACCAGCAAGCCGAGGUACCCUACAAUAGACCCAACCUGACCCUAGAAGACGAGCUAGACCGUAGGUUCGGAGAAAGUACCCUGCCGGCGGUUAGGACAGAAUUCGACACCCGAAGGGACAAACUGACCAUGCCACCUAGGGGACUUUUUGAUGAUGUUUAGUGCAAUAGUUUAAAAUAUAUAUUCUCUGUUUCAUUACCUCUAAUAUCUAUGAUGCAAGUUUGAUGUUUUACCCUGAUAUUCUUCAUGUUUUAUUUUUUAAUACGGAUUUUUGUGUAAGCAAUUUUGUAUUGAAGUGAAGUGAUGUCGCGUUUAAAAGUAUUAUAGCCUAUUAUAUACAUUGUUGGUGUGUGCUGUAAUCAAUAAUUAAGAAUUAAGCUCUUUGAAACAACGAGAUAUAAGAAUAAAUGUUGAGGCAGUAUUUAAAAAUUUAUUAACUAGCUGGUCGAAAACAAAUUCAACCUUACUCGCACGUAUUAAAGUCGGAUUUACUAUACAGAUACGGUUUUAUGAUAGCAACAAAUUUCGUUUGUUAAUCAGGUGGACUUUUGGGGAGUAUACCUUCUGUUGAUUGUGUUAUAAAUAUACCUAUAUCGUAGUUUUAAGAAUGUUUAAGCGUUGCUAUAUGUCAAUUGACUGACCUGAGCUAGUUUGUUCAAUAAGUUAUUGCUUCAUCAGCAUCAUUGCAUCAUGUAGAGAAAAAAAGUUAGAGAGCUUUUUGCAGCCGCUACUUUACGAUAUUUUGUACACAUAUUUUGAUUGAGAUGUUUCGCAACUUUAAAAAAUAUUCAAACUUUACAAUAUGUUAUUUUAAAAGAAGUUUUAAUUACUAUUUGCAUGUUAUAGCUAAUUUCGAUGCCAGUAUAAAUUAAGUUUAAUAAAAUAUCUUAACUCAAAUUUAUAUUAUAUUAUAAUUUGUAAAUAUUGUAAACACUAACGCCAUCUAUAUAUUUAUUAUCUAUUACAUUAUGACCAAUCAAAAGUAGUGUUUAUUUAGAACAAAUUGUAAUAACAAUCUAGUGAAAUUAAAUCAAUUUUCUAAGUGUAAAAUCGAGUUAACUUAUAUGAAUUGCCUAAUAUUUUAGUAAUAAUAGUUAAUAUUAAUAGCUUUUAUCAGGGUCUAUGUAGUGUGUAUCACUGUGUGUGUAGUUAAUAUUUUAUAGCAAAUUUCUUGGCAUAAUAAAAUUUACAACUUAAUAUAGAUAUAUAAAUUCCUCUUUACAUUUCAUUUGUUUAUUGAUUUACUUAUAUUUCAGAAAAUAUGUAACUUAUUAUAUGCUAUAUAGAAUCUUAGAUUUGUUUAAAUGUCCAAUAAGCGUUGGUGCUGCAUCUGAGAUUAUGAUAGCUAAGGUUAUAAAUUUAGUAGCUUAAUUUUAUUUAGCACACUUUCGCAAUGGCAAACACGUAAAGGUUUUUUUCACUUUAUCGAUUAUUCAAUUCUAUCUAAAAUUCAUACAAUAUUUUCAUGCAUUUUUAUUCUUUAUAACUUGCACAUAAAUUCUAUGUUUAAUUCUCCAGAUCGUUCUGCGUACUCGUGUACGCUCUGCUUUGCGUAUUUACAUAUAUAACGUCUCUUCUGUAGCGAUUGCCGUAUAAAAAGGUAUUUAAUAUUGCAAAUACGUAUGAAUAACAGUUACCAUUAUUGCUACAACAUCAUUGAUUGCUAAAAACAUUAUUAUUUGUGUGGAUUAAUAAAAUAGUUCUUUGAAUAAUAAUAUAAGCUAAUGAUUAGUGUUUGAAAUAAACACUAUAACAAUUACUCAAUAAUAAUUGCAAUGUGUAGAAUAGUCAUGUAUAAAUAAUAAGAUUAUUAUAUUUAAUAUAAAACGUUAAGUAGUGAUGUAAUGUACAAAAGGAUCUAAUAAGGUUUUUUUAGAAAUAUAGCGCCUUGGAAGCCUUGCGUAAUAGAGCAGCGUUGGAUAUGCCGUCAAUUAGAAAUGCCAGUUGUAUACGCAGCUACAUGUAUUGAUUUGUUAACGGCCAUCUUUUAUGGUCUUGUAUAAAUUCAUCGUCAGAAUAAUAGUCAGAAUUUGUAAAAAUCUUUUUACCGACAUCAAAUCAAAUAUGAACUUAACAUAGUCUGUAUCGAACAAGAAGUAUAUUCUAAUAUGUACGAUCUGUCAAUUGUAAAUAUUGAUCAUUAAAACAAUACAGUGUAUUAAUACAGUCUCGGUAACGAAAAAUAUAAGAAUGUAGCGCUACGACCAUUAAAGAUAUGCGAAAGUGUAUAGUUUUUAUUGCCAUUUCUUUAUAUUUGUAUUAUUUUAAAAACGACGGUUAUUAUAGAAAUUUGAUCACGAAAAUUAUAAAUUUAUCAAUAUGGUUUACAUAUUUAAUUCUUUAUAUUCG